UGUUAACACCAUUAGCAGAAGAUAUCCAUUAAAAAAACAGGCUGUAUCAUACAAGGGGAUGUUGUGCCCUCUAACACUGAACUAUUAUAAAUGACGGCACCACAUGUUGAUGACAGAUGUAGACUCGGGCAAUGCCAAGUAACAGGUGUUUGCUGGUGUUAAAUAGGGACCCACUGAUGACAAACAUAAAACAGAUACAUGGCUAAGUCAAUGAGAUGUAGAAAGGCAGUAGCAGGUACAAACUGUCGUCAGAUAAAUAACAUUCACACUCACUGGCAAUGCAGGGGAUCUGCUAACAUACACAAAGCAUUUGUCUGCAAUUCUCUUCCUAGUCCUACAUAAGUUUAGUCCCUAGCCUUUUACAUGGUGCCCUAUUAAAUUUCCCCUGUAUGAAGAUCUUCCUGCAACUUUAAUGAGGUCACAAGACCCAUGUGUCUCAGAGCCAAUUAGGCCAAAGAGCCGUGUACCUGAGAUGGUCUGCGUAUUGUGAGAUGCUAUGCACACACAAAUUAUUGCAGCACAGCGUUAGACACCUGUCUAAUGUUGAAGAAGGAUUACACAUUAGGAGACGUGGUGGUGCAUAUUUCAAGACGGCGGCUCUAAUCUAGGUAACCCAGACUGGGGAACUUUUUUUGCAUUUUACCCCGGUUGUGCUACAGAAAGAAAGCUCUGCAGUUUAUAUAGCUUUGCAACGCUGAACCCCACAUAGGCAGACCAAACAUUCUCUUCUCCGUCAGUUGCUGUUUCAGGCACCAUGAGUCUCUGGAAGACAUAUAAAGCAAAAGUUUUACAAACAUUUGGAAAUGAAGAAGACGGAGAAACACUUGAAGAGAGCAACACUUCAGAGGUAACUGAAAACGAAAACCAGGAAGAUGGAGAUGAAGGGCUAAAUAUGUCACAGCUCGCAAGAAAGGUCCAAGGAGCUUUUGGUUGGAGCAGUGUUACUUCAUUGUUCUCUAAAGAUGAUGACCACAGAACAGAUCAGGAUGUUGAGCAAAUGGAAGAGCAAGCACCAGAACAAGCUCCUCCAUCACGCUCUCUAGAUCACCCCUCGGAAAAGCGACCAUCAGCUCUUUGGAAUGUCUUCACUAACCGAUGGCAGCAGAAAACUGCUGAGCACUCUGAGGCAAAAGGGGUGCUGGCAGAUCCACCAGCAGAGCAAAAUGAAGCCCAUCAUGUAGAGGAGACACCCUUCAAAUGGAAUUUUCUCACUACUAAAUUAGCAGAGCUAAGAAGCAAGAGUGAUUAAAGACUACACCUUAGUGAGAAGAUGACUGAAGGCAGUUCCCCCAAGGAACUGUGUGACUAAGCAACCUUGUGCCUUAGCGGAAAUGUUGGACACAAGCACAACUGGAAACUACCAAUAGUCCAUAUAUAUGUGACAUAAAUAUCAAGCGGGUAAAGAUUCUGUUAAAACUCUAGUUUUCAUCUCCUGGAGGUUUCAUUAUUGUUUCUCCUAGGCUUCUGCUGUAAUUUUACUGGUGUAUAGUUCAUGCCAUGAAUAUAUGUACUGCUGUAUACGUAUUGGGCCUGUACCUAUGUGAAAUGUGAUACCCAAAUGAAAAGAAAUAUAACGUUAGACUUCGUAAAAAUAAUAGGAAGAGAUGCAAAUGAUAAUUCCCCAAUGACCUCAAACAGUUCGAUCAAAAAGUCACUCAGCUGGGGUGUCAUUUAAACUGAUUUCAGUUCUCUUGGCAAUCUGAAAUGGACAGGAAUACAGAAACAUUACAAGUCCACGGCUAGCGCCUCAUAUUGCACAAUAUCCGCCUUCCCUUACCAAGCCAUAAAUGGCACAUAGAUAACCUGAGCAUAUGUUUCUCAUCCCUAACAUAUUUACACACCUUAGGUAGCAGAUAAAUGUUUUAUUAUGAAUUAAAUACAAAAAGCUUCUGUUGACUUGACUAGACUAUCAUGAUCCUGUCCUAAUCUACAUCUGCUGAAUGUACUUUGACAAGUAUGGCUUAAAGUGGUUGUAAACCUCAGACAUGAAAUGUGAAAGGGGGGAUUGAGAACUCUGAUGUGAAUGGUUUGGGGGAACUGGAGACUCUGCAUAUGCUUCUUUAGUGUGUACUUGUCUCAUUUAAGAGCACUAAGUGUAAUUUCUGUCUGCUGCUUUGUUCCUCUGCUAUCAGCAUGA